GCAGCACUGCACGUGGCAUCGCCAAAAAUUGGCACCGGAAGAGUGAGCCCACCCCCGGCAGCCAGCAAGCUCAAUUGUUGUGUCGUCUUCCCCGCUGGAUUUGAGCCUCACGCGGAGAUGAGGGUCACCUCCGUGAGCCGCUCGCGGACGCCGCCGCCGCUCAUCGACAGCACGUCCCGCGUGCUUCACCACCGACGGAUCAUGGCUAGCGAAUGCGAAACUUGCGGGAGCGGCAGGCUGCGGCGACAUGCGACUUGCAGGGGGGUGCCGUGUAGGUGGAGGUGAUGGUUUGCGGCGAGCGAGGUGAGGCUGGGCGUUUCACGUGCGGCAGGGAGCGUGGGGGUGGCGGCUGGCAGGAGUAUAGGGACAGGGAUUGCGCCUGCGGCGGCGGCGUAGCACGGGGCUGUGCGCCAGGAUCGGGAGAGGAACCGUCGAGGGCUGUGUGCCAGGAUCGGGAGAGGAACCGUCGAGGGCUGUGGCGCCACGAGGGAGGGAGGCGGCGGCGACGCGGGUGGUGGGUGGGGGGCCGAUCGAGGAGGCGAUGCUAAUCGAGCGGCAACCAGAGGAUCACACGGCUGAAAUUUGCUUGCGGAACUACGACGGUGCGGGGCAGGCCGACGGGGGUGGGCGAGUCUGUUCAUUUCGGGUCUCCACCAAUUUUUCUCCACCCUCUCAAAAAAAAAAACCAAUUUUUCUCCAACUCGCUCGCCGUCUCGCCGAUGGACCGGUUCCGGCCGCUCAGGCGGAUCCAGGUGGAGCCCGAGCCCGCGCAGCCGCCGGCGGCGCCGGCAGCGGCUGCGGGAGCUGGCGGGGAUGCGGAGCGGGAUGAGCCUCCGGCGCCCGCGGCGGGGCUGCUCAUGGGGGCCAAGGUGAGGCGCCGCGCUGCGGUUUACUGCGACUGCAAGGGCGACUACAUCGGCGUCCCCAACGAUCCCUGCCUCGCCAAGAUCCUCUCCAAGCAAGGGGACAACAAAGUUUUGUUUGCAGACAAGGUAUUGAAGUUCACUCAAUCAGGAAAGAUGAAAAGGCGCAUCCUGGUGAUCACAGACUUUGCUCUAUACCUUGUCGAUCCCGAUGCUGAUAUAUUGAAGAGGAGAAUAGCACUUGCAGCCGUGGAUAAGCUAUACAUUAGCAAUCUCAGUGACAACUUCUUUGCGAUCAUUGUUCCAACUGAGUAUGAUUGUUUAAUGGCAAGCACUAGAAAGAAAGAAAUUGUUAAUGUCAUAGUUAAGGCUAUCAAGAGCACAUCUGAAUAUGAACCUGAGGUGGCUUCCUCUAACAGGUUUGAGUAUCAUGCAGCUGCGGAAGUGAUUAAGGUUGUCGAAUUUGAGGAUGCUGAUGGAGGCAUUAAAACCAGGAUCACGAACAAGGAGAAGUCAUGAACCAGAACUCAUGGAUAGUGGUUCCCUGUAACUGUAUGGCUCUUUCAGUUUCAAACGGGUGUUAUCUUCACAUGUGCAGCUGUAUACCGCAAAGAGAAUUCUCUUGUUGUGCUUUGUAUUUUACUAGAUAUCUGUGUGUCAGCGCCUCACUCUAUGGAGCCCUAAGCUUGGAUGAGUUCAGGCAAGCAGUGCUACUGCUAAACCCCUGGAGCCAGUGACUGAACUGACGUAUUUCACGGGCCUCGGCUCCGCCUUAGGUCUGGGCCACUGGCCAUACGUACCAGCAAGGGCAACUAUGCAUUUUAGCUAUGGCUGUACCACUGUACCCUUUUUGACCAUAUCAAGGGAGAAGUUCAUUUUGAACAUCACUUUAGAUUAUCAAAUUUUAUUUUAUUUUGUAUGCAAAAAAUAAUUCAAGUAGUCUGCAACGUUGUAUGCUCUGUCAAACUUCCAUAGUAAUUGCAUGAUUGACCUUUCUUUUGUAUCAA